CGGUCGGGGCCAGCCAGCCAGACAAGUUAGGUUGCGCGGAGUCGGCAUGGGCGAGCGGCUGGUGCGGGCCGAGCGUCAAUAGCCGUAGAGACCAGCAGCGCAGAGAGGAGCAGCAGCCGCCGCCGUCAUCAUGGCCGACAGCGAGCACCGCAGCCUCGACGACUUCUUCGCCAAGAGGGACAAGAAGAAGAAGAAAGAGAAAACCAAGACGGCCAAGUCGGGCCCCGCGACCCAGGCCACCAGCGCCCACCCGCCGCCGCCGGCCUCCACCCCGGCCCCGAGCGCGGCCUCCGCCGCGAAAAAAACCAAGCGGGAGAAGGAGCGGACAGGCAAGGGCGAGGGCCUGGACUCACAGCAGGAGAGGGAGGAUGAAGAAUGGAAGGAGUUUGAACAAAAGGAAGUUGAUUACAGUGGACUGAGGAUCCAUGCCUUACAAAUCAGUGAUGAAAGGGAGGAAGAUGAUAAUGACAAGAAAGAAGAACAUGGUGAAGAUGGAGAGAAUAUUCAAUACAGAGAAGGAGAGAGGCUUUAUGGGCCUUGGAACAAAAUAACGCCUGCACAAAUGCCUGUUCCUGUGGUUUCAGAAGUCCCAGAACCAAAGCCAAGUGGUGUGUAUAGGCCUCCUGCAGCUAGGUCGGGUAUGAUGAGACGAACUCAAUUGCAAGGACCUCCAGAGAUCUUCAAUGACGCACAAUUUCCAUCCCUGCAAGCUUCUGCCAAGCAUGUAGAAACCAGAAAAGAUAAAGAAAUGGAGAAGACCUUUGAAAUGGUGAAACAUAAAAACAGAGCCAGAGAGGAUGGUUCUAAAAGUCAGUCCGUUCAGCUGGAACUAGGCAACCAGUUUGCUGUUCUUGGGGAGCAAUAAAUGUUGAUAACGUAAUUUACAGACUGCUGCUCUGUGUUCCAUCCCAGGUAACUAAACUACAGCUAUGGAACCCAUCUGUCUUCACCCUACAAUGCCAGGAAAUACGUAAUCCAGCUGGUGUAGGCUUCUGUGGACAAACGAGGCAUCUGUGCAAGGCAUCAUGAGAAUUUUAAGUUUGAAGCACAAUAACUGCUGUCAUCUACUGUGGACUGGAGUGAAAAGGGGUUUGAAUGAAGUGUCAGUUGCUCGUGGAGGGACUUUUUUCAUAAAGAUGAGAAAUGUGGCCGUUUAAAGUGGUCAUUUGUUCAGAGUCCUGCUUUCUAGUUGAAUGUUAAGCCUUCUCAAAGGUGACUACCUCAGUUUGGGAGUGAGAACUGUGGACACUGAUUUUUGACUGUCUCGUUUACCACCUCAAGUUUGCUAUCAUUUCUUUAAAGAAAGGGUUACAGGGCCACAGAUGAACAUUAAACUGCUAAAUUCCUGAGAUUGGGAAUAUAAAUUGUAUAAAUCAGUCUACAAGUUCUAUAUUUCAGACUGCACACCUUUUUUAAGUGACCUUACUGUAAAAUAAGAUCCCAUGUGGUGUCCAUCAAGAGCAUCUGCUUUUCAGGCUGGGGCUAAGUGACUGCAUGCAAUGACUUGGACCACCACUUCCCUUCAUAAGAUUAUUCUUAGCAUAUUUUUGAUGGCUGUAUUACAGAGCUGCUUACCCAGAGCAGCAUCUUGCCUACAUCUCACUUGUGGUAAGAGAGCAUUCAUUGCCUGUGGUCUGAGGUAGAUUUGUUCCCUUUGUAACAAUUACAUACACUGCAGCUUUCCACUUGGUUUAGAAAUGGCAUCAUCAAUAACCAUAUGGCCCUCCAAUCUGCUUCCUAAGAUCUGCAGAAGCAAACUAGCACUAUCUGUGGUGUUACUAGUAGUUUUAAGAAAUAAUCGCUGAUCAAGCACCAACCUGUAAAUAUUAAACAGGGUGUAAGCUUGCAACAAAUGUUCCUUUUAAACCGUGAGCAUAGUCUUACUCAAACACACCAACUGAAGUGUUUGUUGGUGUGGAUUUAUUAGUGAUGACACUUCCAUAUUUAAACCUUUUGAAUGUUUGGUCACUAAAUCUUGAGGUUGAAUUUAAUUUGUCCCAUGUCAUUGACAAAAAAAGACUUGUUGAUUGAGAUGGGGGGGAGGGAAGGUUUAAGGUUAUGGUUUAAACAAUAUAACUGCUGUACACCUAUUUAUGAUGACUUUGGUAUAGCAAUGUUUUCUUACUGUUUUGAUUUUAAAGCAACUGAUAUUUUUAAAUUGGACAUGAUCUAAAAUGCGAUCUCCUUAAAGACCGUUUGUGUUCAAAUUCCCUUCAUUUUGGCUUGUAAUAGAAUUGAUUUCCAAAGAGAGAACAGCUACAUUUUUCUUGGAAUAGACAUUCUGGGUUUGUUGUAAGAUGCACAUUCAGACACAUUCUGUGCUUGUAAAUGGAACAGCAGCUAUUGUCUGAACACUUUGAAUCCUGGGCACGUAAUAUGGCUGUACUGGAGAAAACUGUCAAAUGAAAUAAAUCUGUAAAUCUGCAUCACA